AAACAAAGCAGGGGGUAUAAGAUUUUGUUGAUUUCUGAUCUGAGACAAGUAUUGACUGAAAUGGAUGUGAAGCUAGACCUUAUUAUCCAUGUGAAACUCUUAACUCGUAAGGACGGAGAGACACUGUUCAAGGAGAUGGCUGGAAUAGGAGCCAACAAUUCUGAAAUUGAAACAUUAGCAGCAGAAAUAGCCAACAAGUGUCAAGGUUUGCCGAUGUCAAUAAUUACAACUGCAAAGGCAUUGAAAAAUCAGAGCCACUUAGUUUGGAAGGAUACUCAUCGAGCGCUUGAAAAGCUUGAAGAGGAAAACCAAUUAGCAGCACCUGAGUAUUCUACAAAGUUGAGUUAUAGCCUUCUAGAAAAUGAGGAGCUCAAGCUUACCUUCUUGCUUUGUGCCCGUAUGGAACAUGACGCAUUGGUUGCCGAUUUGGUGCGAUAUUGCAUUGGUUUGGGUUUUCUUCAAGGCGUCUACUCAGUUUGGGAAGCCAGAGACAGAGUACAAAUGUUGCUCGUCAAGUUAAAAGAGUCAGGUUUGUUGUCUAAUAGUUAUUCAAGUGAUCGUUUCACCAUGCAAAAUCUUGUUCGUAAUGCCGCUUUGUCAAUAUCAUCCGAAGAGAGGCGUGUGUUCAUGAUGGCCGAAGAAAAACUAGAUGAAUGGCCUGAUGAGGAUCUACUUAAAGAGUACACUGUUAUUUCCUUACAACGUUGUAAUUUCAUUGAGAGAUUUCCUGUGAACAUGUGUUGUCCUAGGCUUAGAGUCUUUCAUAUUGAAAAUAAUGAUCCAUCUUUACAAAUACCAGAUAAUUUCUUUAAAAAAAUGAGAGAACUUAGGGUGUUGAUUUUGGUUGGGUUCAACCUUUCAUCAUUGCCUUCCUCAAUUAGAUACCUAAAAAAACUAAGAAUGCUUUGUUUUGAGAAAUGCAUUUUAGGUGAACGUAAGCAAUUAGGUGUCUUGGGAGAAUUAAUUAAUUUAAGAAUACUUAGCUUUUCAGGAUCUGAUGUCAAAGCUUUGCCUGAUGAGCUAAAGCAUUUAUCUAAGCUUCAAAUCUUUGACAUCAGUAACUGUUACAAGCUUAGAGAGUUUCCACAUGAUGUAAUGAAAAGUUUGACUAGGCUUGAGGAGUUGUAUGUGAGAAACACUCGCAUUCAAUGGAAGGCAAUUAAUGACAGUGUUCUAUCUGUGUUGGGUGAUCUGAAUCAAUUAACAAAUCUAGACCUGCAAAUCCCAAGUGUUGAGCAUCUACCCAAGAAUUUGUUCUUUGACAAGUUGUACAGUUACAAGAUUAUCAUUGGCUCUUUAAAUAGAUAUUUAGAGGCUGAUUUCAAGAUUCCAGAUAAGUAUGACCUGUCAAGAUGUUUGGCAUUAUGCCAAAAGGAUGGCUUUGACAUUCAUUCCCAGGAGGCAAUCAAAAUGUUGUUUGAAAGGGUUGAAAUCUUGUUGCUGCAAAACUUGAACGGUGUCCAAGAUGUUUUUUAUGAGUUGAAUCUAAAUGGAUUUCCUUAUCUUAAACGUUUAUCCAUUGCAAGCAACAAGAGUGUUCGCUCUCUCAUUAGUCAGCAGAGGCAGCGUUCUGAUCAGGUGGUUUUUCCCAAAUUGGAGUCAUUGUAUCUCUAUAAGCUUAGGAAAAUGGAGCAAAUUUUCUCUUGUCAGCCACUCUUAGAAGGUUCCUUUGGUAACUUGAAAAUGAUCAAGAUCAAACUCUGUGGUUGCUUGAAGAAUGUUUUCUUAAUGUCUAUGGUUGAACUUCUAAUUGCUCUUGAGACAAUUGAAAUUUCAGAAUGUAACUCUUUGGAGACUAUUGUUGGAGAAACAAUUAAUCAUAAUGAAACAGAGCCUACUCUUAAGUUUCUCAAACUUCGUUCUUUAUCGCUGCAAUCUUUAUCCAAGUUUACUGGGCUCUAUCCAAUUUCAUCUGAAGAAGAUAGCAGAUCACUGUUUGAUGGCAAGAUUGAAUUUCCGGAGCUAGAGAGAAUUGAGUUGUCUAUGCUCCAAAUCAAACACAUAUGGAGUGAUCAAAUAUUGGCUUGUCAUACCGUUGACCAAAGAACUUUUCCUUUUCAUCAAAAGUUGACGAGAUACUUUGGCAAGAAGCGCCACACUAUCAAACAAACUUAUUCUUCCUUUCAAAAUUUGAUGCACCUCGAUGUGAAUGGUUGCUGGAAUUUAGAAAGCCUAUGGUCUUUCUCUGUUGCUAGACAUUUGGUGAAUCUUCAAAGCCUUUUUGUUACUGAUUGUAAGAUGACCCACAUCUUCCCCCAUGAUCAAGGUGAUAGUGAGGCUAAAACGAAAAAGCAGGAUGCCAUUUUUCCAAACCUGAAGACCGUCAAGCUGAGUAGCAUGAAGAGAUUGUGUAAGAUAUGGAAUUCUGAUGAAGCUCUUGAAAAUUCCUUUGGCAAGCUGAACACUCUGAUCAUUGAUAAUUGUGAUGAACUGGUCAAUGUAAUUCCUCGUAAUAUGGCUCGAAGAUUGUCUAGUUUAAGUUGCUUGAGGGUUACGAACUGCGCAUCAAUCAAAGUUAUAUUUGAAGAAGCUGAUGAUGAUGAUAAAAGACAAGAUGCUAUGCAUAAUAUCAAGUUGCAAGAUAUUCAUUUAGAAGCACUCCCGAAACUGGAGCAUGUAUUCAAAUGGAAGAAAGAAGUAAAAUGGAGUGAUCUCAAAUUGCAAAAGAUAUCUGUGCAUGAUUGUGAAAGAUUGGAAAACAUAUUUUCAGUUUCUGUAGUCAAGAAUGUUAAAAUAAGCCUUGAAAGCCUUGAAAGCCUUGUGGUAUCAGAUUGCUCUCAACUCAGAGAAAUAGUGGGCAACAAGAGAGAAGACGAUGCUGUCAUCAACAAAAGUUGUGCUGUUAAAUUCAACUUGUCUAAAUUGAGAAAAAUACUGUGCAAGGGAGAAGAUGCUGCCAUCAACACAAAUAGUUCUAUUCAAUUUGAGUUUCCUAAAUUGACUACUGUGAAGUUUUUUGGAUUAUCAAAAUUCAAGAGCUUCUAUUCAUCAGGAUCUUAUGAAUUAAGUUGUCCAACAUUAAAAGACCUAUCUAUUAAAAGUUGUGACUUGUUGGAACUAUUUGAAGAAACCUCAUCACAUGCAGAAUUAAAGAAUGUUCUUUUUCCAGAAAAUUCUAAAACUGGUGAAAGAGAAGGAGAAGGAAAAGUAAAGGAGGUAAUCCAUAACAAGUUAAAGUCCAUGCACAUUGAAUCACGACAUCUAGUCGGGUCAUCAAGGGAUAGCUUAGAAGAGCUUCAGUUGUCUAGAUUGGAGAAUACUGAUAUUAUAUAUUGUUUCCUUCAUUGCAAUCCUAACCUCAAGAGCUUACACUUGGAUGAUUGUGACUUUGAAGAAUUGAAGCCUGGUGGAACAAGAAGGCCCGCUAUUGGGGUUGUGCCAAAGUUGAAAAGCUUGAAUUUAACAAACAUGUCUUAUCUUAAGAAGAUUUGCUUUGAACAAGAUGCAGUUCUUCAAAAGAUAGAGUCAUUGGUUAUAAACAAAUGUUCAAGUUUGCACACCAUAGCACCUUCGUCUGUGUCUCUUGCUCACUUGACAAUUCUAGAAGUGGUUGAAUGUGACGAAUUAAAAUAUGUGAUGUCACCAUCAACUGCCAAAAGCUUGAAUCAACUCAAAACCAUGAAGGUAAUCAAUUGUGAAUAUCUAGAGGAAAUUGUUUCAGAGAAAACACAAGAAGGACAGGAAGAAAAAGAAAAUGUAGGCACGAAGGUUCCCAUCAUUUUCAAACAAUUGACAACUCUUGAGCUUGUGUCAUUGGUGAGCCUUAAUAGUUUCUGCAGCUCCAAAAAUUAUGCCUUUAUAUUCCCAUCGCUGGAGAAUUUUAUUGUGAGUGCAUGCCCCAAAAUGAAAGUUUUCUCUGCAAAAGAAGUGGACUGUGGGCCAAAUUUGCAAAAGAUAUAUUAUGUGCAUGACAAAGAGAAAAAGAGAUGGUGUUGGCACGAAGACAAUAUAGGAUCUACAAUAAAAUACAUAUUUGAUAAUAAGAAAUUUUUUGAAGGCAUGAAUGAGCUAUGGGUUUCCGAAUAUGAUAAAGAUCUUAAACCAAUCUGGCGAAAUAAAGAAGGUCCCCGAAAAGAUUGGUUUUCUGGUUUAAAAACUCUGACGCUAUUUUACUGGGAUGCAUCUAAUGCGCAUGCAAUUCCAUCAAAUGUCCUCUGUUGUUUGAAGAGCUUACAAGAACUUGAAGUGUGGAGAUGCGAGAGCAUAGAAAGCAUUUUUGAGAUGGAUGACACUAAGAGCUGGGAAUCAUCAUUCAAACUGAAGAAGCUAAGUUUAAAGCAUCUACCAAGUCUGAAGAGUGUGUGGCAACAUGACAAAGGAGAAAUCCUUCUAGGCUUUCAAAAUCUGCAGCAGGUCACUAUCAAUGGUUGUAGUAAACUGACAAGUGUGUUUCCUACUGUCUUGGCCAGAGAUCUUAAAAAGCUCGAGGAACUCGAUGUAAGAGAUUGCUCUGAGUUGCAAGAACUUGUUGAAGACGUGGAAGGAUCAGAAACGUUUAAGUUUCCUCGUUUAACCACACUGAGACUAUCAAAGUUGCCACAACUAAAUGACUUAAACUCUGGAAGAUUGAGUCUAGAGUGCCCCGAGUUAAAGCAGCUGCACCUGUAUCCGAAGCAACAACAAAAAUAUCCGGAGGGCGGUAUUUCCAAGGUGGAGAAGUUGUGGCUCGGUCCAAGUCACACUUUGGCGAAGCAGUUUCUGAAUCAAGGCGGCUUUCAUCACUCUUUAAAUGAACUUCACCUUGCGUAUUUCCCUGAUUACAAUGAUGAUGGAGAGAACUCUACUUCACCAUUUGAGAUACUUGCUGACAAGAUGCUUCCCAAAUUAGAGAUUAUUGAAAUAGCAAGUAACAAUUGCAAAACCAUCAAUAUUCCCAAAGAAGCGGGUGAGAGGAUUCUUCACUUGAAAGAAUUGAAGUUGUCGUCACUACAUGAGCUGAACUCCAUUAGUGGGCUAGAGUACUUGUUAAAGCUGCGGCUAUUGGAGGUUUCUUCUUGUCCAAAAUUGACAACAGUAUUAGUACUACAUUCAUACUCCAAUCUGAAAGAAUUGCAUAUAAUUGAUUGUGGUGGAUUGGAGUGUUUAUUGGCAUCCUCAGCAGCAAAAAUGCUAAUACACCUUGAGGAGUUGAAAGUUAAGAGGUGUGAGUCAUUGAAAGAAAUAGUGGGAAAAGAAGAAGAAAGUGGGAGGGAAGACAUUAUUGAAUUUAAGCGCCUACACAGGAUAACUCUUGUAUCUAUGAAUAGCUUGGAAUGCUUUUAUUCAGGGAAUGCCACACUGAAUUUGCCCUCUUUAAUUCGAGUGGACAUAGUAGGGUGCCCCAAGAUGAAAUUUUUUUCUCAAACAGAAACACAUGUGAAACUACCAUUGUUUCAAGUAUUUUACUCCUCUUAUGAAGCUGAAAGAUUGUUCCUCCCUGAUCUAAACGUAGCUGUUGCAUGCCAGUUUCUACAACAGAGAAGUCUUGAUCUUGGCUAUCACCCAGAGCUAAAAGAUUUAUGGCUUGAUAAAGUACAUAUCCCAGCUGAGGCCUUCUCCUCUGGUUUCAAUUUGGAAAGUUUGAUGGUGAAAGGGUGUGAUGAAUUCUUUACAACCGCAAUACUACCUUCUCAUUUACUUCCUUUCCUCCGUCGAUUACAAGAGUUGGUGGUGCGGGGAUGCAAUUCUGCUGAGGCCAUAUUUGAAGUCAAAGAUACACCAACAAAUAUUGUUAUUCCUUUGAAGAAAUUGACUUUGGAGAAACUUCCAAAUCUGAGGCAUAUUUGGAACAAGGAUUCUGAAGGAAAGCUCAGUCUUCCCAAACUGGAGGAGGUUAUUGUUGAUGAAUGUGCAAACAUAAAAUCGGUGUGUCCAGAAUCAGUUGACAAGGGUAACAUACAAAGGUUAAAAGUGAAACAGGUUAGCAUCUUCUCCACGCUAUCUUGUCUGAAGCUGUGGAAUUUGCCAAAUUUCGAGUGUCCAUUACUACUAUCGCAUUUGCUACCUUCCCUUCAUAAAUUAAAAGAGUUGGUGGUUGGAAAAUGUGGUUCCUUGAAGACUAUAUUUGAUGUGAAAGAUGCACCAACAAAUGAAGAGGAUACAAACAUGAUUACUGAUAUUCCUUUGAAGAAAUUGACUUUGGAGCAUCUACCAACUCUAAGCCAUAUUUGGAACAAGGAUCCUAAAGGAAGUAGUCUCAGCUUUCUAUGUCUGGAAGAAGUGGUUGUGAAUGGAUGUAAAUGCCUCACAAGCUUGUUCCCAGCAUCAGUGGCCAUGUCUAACAUAAAAAAGUUAGAUGUGAGAAACUGCGAGGAAUUGGUUGAAAUUGUUACAAAAGAUGAAAUAGACAAUGAAAAAACUACAAAUAAGGAGCUUAUUGUGUUCCCUAAGCUAACAUUAUUGACUCUGCAUAAUUUACCAAAUCUUACAUGCAUUUAUGUUGGAAUGCAAAUUUCAAAUUUGCCCGAGUUAAUAGAAUUUGAUGUUUCUCAUUGUAACCUGAUAAAAAAAUUCGCAGAUUCCGCUCCAAAGGUUGUUACCCCUCACUUAGAGGGGCUGUCAAUAGACAAGGAAGGUGUGAUGAUGCUUGAGAAAGGACUACUUCAUUUGGACCUCCAAAACAUAAAAUAUCUGACAUUGCAAGGCUUUAAUGAUAUUCAUGACUCAGAUGCCGCAUCUGUCUUUGAUUUCUUUCCAAAGGUUCCACUUCCCAAUCUUCUGAUGCUUGUGGUGGUCGACAGUGCUUUCAAAGAGAUAUUCCCCUCAAAAAUGCCUGAGAUACUUCAUUCACAGCUGCUUGUUCGAGCAUUGGAACUGAGGAAUCUGCACAAGCUUGAAUCCAUUGGGUUACAGCACACCUGGGUGGCCUCCUCUAAUCUCGCAUCGCUGAAAGUUGAGGGUUGUGCAUCUUUGAAGUAUUUGUUCACUUCUUCAGCCGCCAAAUGUCUUGUUCAACUUCAACAGUUGCAAGUAUCCAACUGUGAAGCACUGGAAAGUUUAAUGGUGGAUUAUCAACCACAUGAUGAUGAUCAUGAUGUCAUCAUAUUCAAAAAGCUUAAGAAACUGUCUCUUAGCCAGAUACCAAAACUUGAGAGCUUCUACAAAGGAAAGUCAACUUUGAAUUUUCCAUCUCUGAAGGAAGUCGAGGUUACUGAAUGCAACAGAUUGGAGUAUCUGUUCACAUUCUCAACUGCCAAAUGCUUGCAAAGUUUGCAUGAGAUGAAGAUUUCCAAAUGUGAGUCAUUGGAAACAUUAGUAUUGGCAACACAAGAAGUGGACAAAUCACAUGAAGAUCUCAUCACAUUCUCAGAUCUUGAGAAUCUGUCUUUUAGCCAGUUACCAAAACUUGAGAGCUUCUACAAAGGAAACUCAACUUUGAAUUUUCCAUCUCUGAAGGAAGUCGAGGUUACUGAAUGCAACAGAUUGGAGUACAUGUUCACAUUCUCAACUGCCAAAAGCUUGCAUAAAUUGUGGUACAUGAAGAUUUCCAAAUGUGAGUCAUUGAAAACAGUAGUAUUAGCAGAGGCGGACGAGCCACAUGAGCUCACAUUCUCAAAACUCUGGAAGCUGUCUCUGAGCGAAUCACCAAAACUUGGAAGCUUUUUCACGGGAAAGUCAACUCUGAAAUUCCAAGCAUACUUGUACAUUGAGAUCAGUCAAUGCAAGAUCAUGAAAACUUUCUCACAUGGUGAUGUGGAAGCACCUAAAUUACAGAUGGUGAAGAUAGAUGGAGCGAGUUGCUGGAUAGAUAAUGUAAAUGCUGCAGUCAGCCAACAAUUUGAGAAACGAUCUAAGCAGCAUUGAUGAGUUAAUUAGUACAAUUAUAAUUUAACAUGAAAUUUGUUGCUUGCUAAGGGAAGCUUAUUUUCAAUGCAUUUGUUACCACUUACCAGUUAGCCUUGCAAAACUAGUAGUCUAAUCAAGGAGCAAUGGACAAAUAAAUAAGGAUGGUUGGUUCUAUGGGACACCAAUUGCAGCAAUUAAGAGGAUAUAAGUGGAUCCCAUCAUGGCAACAAAUAUUUAUUUCUGUUUGAGUAGUGUGGUGUGGUGUGCAUGAUAUGAAUAAGUUCCCUGUAUCACUAUGCAGGAAGAAGUGUGUGAUUGCCUUUUAAGUGGCAUAGUUAUAAACUAAGUGUGUUUUAUCAAUAAAAUUAUAUCUUGUAUUUUAUACAAGAUAUAAUGUGUGUAUGCUUUGUAAUUUAUUGAGAACACUAGUUUAUUUUUAUGUAUGAUAGUGAAUUGUGGGUGGGAGUGGAUCCUUUUCCGAAAAAAAACUAGAUGCUGUGAAGUGUUGAAUCUAACCCUUCAUUGUUUUCUCUCUCUUAUUUAAUUUUGAUCCCACUUAUAAAAUUAAAGGUGAGAGAUCACACUUUA